GUUGCAUUGGUCUUGAUUUGGUAAGCGGUUUUAGUCGUUUUGUAUAAUUUGUUUGUAAAGUUUUUAGGUUAAAGGAUCAUUGUUGAUGAUGGAAAUUUCAAAUUUUUUUGCGUUACCAUGAGCAAAGCCUUCUGAGUUAUAUCAUCGUUGUGCAAGUAAAAUGUUAGCUGUAUGUAAAUAGAGGAUAUUUUGAAGAUGAAGAAUUAUCAAGUUUGUUUCGCUGAAGACAUCUUCCUGACAAAUUGGUCAACAAUACCCCAUUGGGAUCACGCACAUGAUGCCCUGGAAACGCUCUCGGUCAUCCUGCCAUCGUUCCUGCUCACAUACAUCUCUGUCAAUGUGUCAUCUGCUCUGUUCUCGAGGAAGGAUUACGUGAAGAGAUUUGUGCUGGAUUUGUUUGCAAUCACUCUGCCGGUGAUCUUAAUGACAACAGUGCUGUUCCCUUACGUGGAUAAAGUCAGUCUGGGAUUGGCCCUGCUCAGUGUGGGGCUGUGCUUUGGUACGAGGGGCAUGAUCAAUGCCUUUCGAGAGGUUGUGAAGGAUGAUGGGUCGGAUUUGGGGAGGAAGAGUUUCGUGACGAACGCGAGAUCUACGAUAAACGUGCUGACCGCCGUCGCCAUACUUGGAAUUGAUUUCAAGCUGUUUCCGAAUCAGUUCCACAAGACGAAAAAGUAUGGAAUCAGCUUGAUGGAUGUGGGUGUCGGACUGUACGUGUACGCGAACGGGAUCGUCGCGCCGGAGAUUCGCGGUCACAAGGGGACUUUGCUGAAGACGAUCUUGAACGUGUUACCUUUGCUGGUGAUUGGGGUGCUGAGGUUCGUGAUCACGCACGAGAUUGAUUACCAUGUGAGCGUUACCGAGUACGGGGUGCAUUGGAACUUCUUCAUCACGCUGGCGGUGACAAAGCUAGUAAGUGCGCUGAUCAUGUUACCUAUUAGGAAUAGUUUCACGAGUUGCGCGAUUUUGGGAUUCGCGGUGCUGGGGCUCCACCAGGCCGGUCUCUACUGGGUUUUAGAGGAUUGGGUUUUCAGUGGAGCGGCGCGCAGUAAUUUUCUGGAAGCGAACCGGGAAGGUGUGGUGUCUUCGAUAGGAUACGUCGGGUUGUACUUUCUUUCGGUCGCGUUCGGGUUCGUCCUGCACGGCAGGAAUAAACAGAAGACUAGGCUUUUGGGUGAGCUGUUUAGUUGCGUUUUAUUCGUGGCGGUCUGCACUGUUUUGUUACACUCUUGGUUCAACAUUUCGCGGUGCCUGGCGAACAGCACCUACUGCCUCUGGGUCCUCUUCAUCGGCGUCCUCAUGACGACCCUCUACUACUUCCUCGAGAACUUCUUACGUUUCUUCUACACCAACGUCGAGAACGUCAUCCACGUGCCGUUCAUCUUCGACGCCAUCAACUACAACGGCCUCACGUUCUUCCUCGUCGCCAACCUCCUCACCGGAUUCGUCAACAUCGUAUUCAAAACCAAGAGCAUCACCGACCCCUACAGCUUGUUAAUACUGACUAUUUAUAUGACGGUGACGAAUUUCGUCGUCUGUCUGUUACACGUUAAAAAAAUAAAACUAAAAUUAUAAAGAGUAUAAAGUUAUCACAAGUUAAUAAGAGAUUCGAGAUUUGUUAAUGGCACACUUCAGAGUUCGUCU